GUAGGCACAAAACUCAAAGGCUUUGGGAGGAACAACGGGGACAGCACUAUCCUGAGAGGGACAAAAUGAGGUCGCUCCGUUUCAUUUCUGCUGAAGCCUUGGUGUCCCAUCCUCGGGUGGCCCAGGAGAGUCUGGAUCAGAUAGCCUACAACCUCUAUCCACUCCUGUUCAAGGCCAGUUACCUGCUAGAGCAGGCAGAAGUAACCCGUGCUGUGCUGAGUCACUGGCCACUAGAGGAGUUCCGGCUGACUGUGCUGCUGGGGCCAAACACUGACCACCCAGAAGACCUGCGUGAUCGUGCCUGCGAGGCCUGCUUAGAGGCCUGUAUGCAGGGCCUUGCUGACCAUGUGCUGCAAAGUAGGAGCGACCGGCUUCGGGUAGCUGAUUUUACAGGCAUCCAGGAUGUACAGGUGCAGCAAUGUCCUUGUGGGAGGGCACUAGGAAGGUGGGGCCGCACUAAAGUGCUGGCCAGGAUCUGCUGCCAGCUCCAAGGACAGCCCUGUACAGCUAGGCACCCUAUUGAAGUCUUUGCUGACCUCUUUGUCACUGAAGGCAACUUUGACAUAGUGGUGCAGGCCUUGAAGCCAGCAGGCCCAGCCCCUCUGCAGGUCUGCUGCCCUUCACUCCGGGCAGAUAGCCUGAGCCCUAGGCAGCUCCUACAAGUGCUUGGCCUAGCUGGGCCAAGCAAGCUAAGAAAGUUGGAGGUAGUUCAUAAUGUGCGAUUGCAUGCUGGCCAUGUACAGCAGCUGCUGGCCCAGGUGGGCCUUCCUCAGCUGACCUCACUCACCCUACCCACGAAGGCCUUCGAUGCACCCCCCACCUGUACCCCAACUCCAGAGGGUGAGGAUCCCCUCCUCACCUCUAUUGCCUGGGAGCUCAGCCAGAUGAACAAGCUCACCGAGCUAAGUGUAGCUUUCUCUACACUGACUGGAAAGAUCCGAACACUGCUUAGCCCCUUGAAGACUCCACUAAGAGUGCUGGACCUAGCCAACUGUGCCCUUAAUCAUGAAGACAUGUCCUUCUUAGCAGAUUGUAAGCAUACUGCCCACUUGGAGGUGCUGGACCUCAGUGGACACAACCUGGUCCAUUUGUACCCUUCUACCUUCUUCCGGCUGCUGAGCCAGGCUGCCCACACACUAAGAGUGCUCACAUUAGAGGAGUGCAACAUCACAGAUAACCAUGUCGGCAUGAUGAUUCUGGGCCUCAGUCCUUGCAACCAGCUCCAGGAGUUCAAGUUCCUUGGAAACCCACUGUCAGCCAGUGCUCUCCGGCGCCUUUUUGCUGCGCUCUGUGAACUCCCUAGGCUGCGCCACAUUGAGUUUCCAGUGCCAAAAGACUGCUACCCUGAGGGCACUACCUACCCCCAGGAUGAGCUGUCUUUGUCCAAAUUUGAUCAACAGAAAUAUGACAUGAUUGCAGAGGAUUUGCGAGCAGUACUGCUUCAAGCUAAUCGGGAGGACAUCCAGGCCUCCACUCCCCUUUAUGGAAGUUUUGACCCAGACAUACAUGAAACCAGCAAUGAACUUGGUACUUUCUUGAUGCAAGCUUUCAAAACUGCUUUGGAAAACUUUUCAAGAGCACUAGAACAAAUGGAGUAGGUCCUGCAAUCAUGCUUUUAAAAAAGAAAAAAAGGCUGUGCAUUUCAACUAGCAUGGUGCCCUGAGGUCAGUCCUGGAUCAGAAGAUCAGGCUCAGCCAUUUGUCAUCAGCAGCAUCACUGCCACAGAAUUCCUUAGUGAAAACUACAGGCAUACUCAUUGCAUGCUUUACAAGGAAGCCCAGAUAUAUAAUUGGGUGUGUGUCAGUACAGCAGGAUCCUAAAGUCGAGGGGAAGUCACCCACAGUGAAGGACCUAUCACCUAGGUAGAAGGUGGAGAAUGUGGACACCAGGGAAGAAUGUACUGGGAGCAGUGUCAACUUGGCUCUGAUGCAAUGAGGAAGAAAAGAAAAAACUCAUCACAGAAAAAUGUAUAAAAGCAGCAGCCCAUAAAAAAUAACAAGAAAAAGACACUGAAAAUGAAAAUAAAAGUGAACUGAAGCCCUGAGCCCAGCAGAAGCUUGCUUUGUUCUAUCUGUUGUACUUUUUACCAGAUGACAUCUGACUACACAGAAAGGUGUGGGAUGGAGGUGGUGAUCACUUUUCUGUCCACAGCUUUCUUGGCUUUGUUUCCAGUCUUGGCAGUUUUGCACCAUCUUUUGGUGACUGAGGACAUCUAGUUGCUAAAAUAUUCCCAGUAUUUCUUGAAAUAUUCUGACCCUGUUUUCUGUUCUGCAUCCAACCCUAAGAUAGGCAAGUCCAACCUGAACAACCGCAAGUGUCAGAGGAUAAAAAGAAUGCAGCUCAUCACAAAAACUUAAGACAGAAUAUUUUUAUGAAACUUGUUGAGUCAAUUAUACAGUUUUCAAGCAUGAACUUUGUAAAUGAUAACAUGUCUCUAAUGCCUCCAAAUUACUCCUUAGUGAUGCUCCUCAAAAUGGCUGAGUCUGGCACUUUGCAACUCCUUUAAGGAAAAAAUCACCACACGAGGAAGAUCUGUUUGGACUUCAUUUACAGUAUCUGCCUUGCAAAAGUAUUAGUGUAAUUAAA